UAGCCAAGUGGAAAACGUGCACUUUACUCACUUGCUCUUCUGUCACCGUACUUCUCGAAAGGGUUUUGUUUUGUUUUUUUUUUUUUCCCCAGGCGCCAUGGAGGGCUCAUCGUUCUCUCAGCCGUCCGAUUCGAAUCAUCCAACGGCUUCUGGCGCGUCCAAGUUCCUCGCCGACCUUCCCUCCCUGGGGUUCUUCUCCUCCACCGUCGUCUCUUCAAACCCGGGUGGAAUGCGAGUAUAUAUUUGUGACCAUGACACGUCACCUCCAGAGGACCAACAAAUAAAAACAAACCAACAGAACAUAUUGAUCAGAUCACUCAUGCUUAGGAGACAGAAGGGCGAUUCUAGUUCAAAGGAUGUGAAGGGUGUAACUGCAACCGAGGGUUCUAGAAAGAGGGUCGCUGAAAGAGCUCCAGAUUCCCGAACUUCAGCUAAGAGAGCCAAUAGUCAAAUUAGUUCUCGACAAGAAGGAUCAAACAGUCAGGCAUCUAGUAGAGACUUCCAGAGCUUCACAGUUGAGAGGCUCCAGAGCUUCACAGUUGAGAAGCUUCGUGCCCUUUUGAAGGCAAGAGGUCUUUCCCUUAGAGGAAAGAAGGAUGAGCUGAUUACACGGCUGAAAGGGACUACUGCAUAAACCUAAAGUCCGACUUUGACCAGGCUUCUUUCUUUCUGUUUUUCCAGCCUGCUUGCUUUGCCCUCGACGUUUACACAUCCAGAGCAAGUAGGGUUUGGUUUUUUUCGUUGUUUUGGAUGCAGCAUAGGAUUAGUGUACAAUGGAACCAUGAUGAUCUGAAGGAAAAUCUGUGGACAGUUGUGUUUUGUAUGAUGGUGUAUUUUAGGUAUAGUUGUGCCUUUAUGCCAAUGUUUUAGUAUCAACUACCAUGCAUGUACUUUGUAGAAACAUAUGGGAAAGAUCUUCAUCA